AUGGCAACUUCUGCCCCAAUCGCGCCCGAUGCGCAGCCAUGGGCCAGCAUGAGAGGCAAGAUGCCGGAGCGCCUCCUGAAGGGAUUGGAGGUCAUGGGAUAUGAGUUCAUGACGCCAGUGCAAGCCAAAGUUUUAAGCGAAUUGCCCAAUUUCUCCUCCGACUGCUUGGUACAGGCAAAGACCGGAACAGGAAAGACCAUCGCAUUCUUGGCCCCUUCUCUAUCCUCUCUCCUCGCCCAGCAGUCUGUACCAAAAGGCCAGGUUGCGAUCCUAAUCAUGUCCCCAACCCGCGAGCUUGCUCUUCAAAUCGCCGCUGAAGCUGAGCGACUGACCUCGCAACUUCAACCACGGUUAGAAGUCCACACGGCUUACGGUGGCACGAGCAAAGACAAGGAUUUGAAAAAGUUCCUCAACGGCGAUCCAAAAAUCGUGGUCGCUACUCCAGGUCGCCUGAAYGACUACCUCUCAGACGACUAUGUCGCCGAGAAGUUCUCCAACAUUCGUACCCUGGUGCUUGACGAAGCAGACCAAAUGCUGGAAGCUGGAUUUCUCGUUGCCAUCAAUCAGAUUCUCGGUCGCUUGCCACCGAAGCACAAGGCACUGUGGCAGGGAAUGUGUUUUAGCGCCACGAUGCCACAGAAGAUUCAGAGCGUUCUGCCCAGAAUCCUCAAAGCUGGACACGCGCAUCUGACGACCAUUGAUCCCAACGAGACUCCAACCAUCGACCGCGUUCUCCAGCACUCCGUUGUGGUACCGGCAGCUGCUGACACUUACAACGCCCUCUGGGCCAUUCUUCAAAAGGAAUACCAGGCCUCGCCGGACAACUAUAAAGUCAUCGUUUUCGGCACCACCGCCAAUGGGGUUGCGCUGAUGCAUUCGCUCUUCACCAACCUCCUUGCCGGCAACCAAGCUCUGCAAGUCUUCCAGCUCCAGUCCCGUCUUUCGCAAGCAAACCGCACACGCACUACCAACGAGUUCAAACUUGCGCCAGCAGGUAUCAUGUUCGCCAGUGACGUGAUCGGUCGAGGCAUGGACUUUCCCAACGUCAGCCUGGUGGUCCAAGUCGGAAUCCCGUCAAGUGGAGAUCAAUACGUCCACCGUGUCGGACGUACAGCCCGCGCCGGCAACGAAGGACGUGCCAUUAUCCUCCUCACACAACGCGAGUCUUUCUUCUUGAAAGUCAACCGCCAGCUUCCCAUCUCUCCCUACCCACAUGCAGACAUUCUGGCUUCGGCUCAUGCUCAAGCACAAGCAGUUCAGUCUGCUUUCAUUAAUGUCGACGAGACCACCAAGGCGAAAGCAUACCAGGCAUGGCUCGGGUUUCACAAGACGUUUAUAAAGCAACUGCAGCUCAAUAAUGAUGGUCUGGUGGGGCAGGCAAACGAAUACGCCGAGGCAAUGGGAUGCCCCGAGCCUCCGAUGAUCGACAAGAAAGUGGUGGGUAAAAUGGGACUCAAGGGUGUCCACGGACUCAAUGUUGGACAUGUGGAGAGCAGUGGUGGCGGCGGCGGCCGUGGACAGGCGAAUGGUAGAGGGCGUGGAGGUGGUGGCGGAGGCGGGAACAGCGGUGGUAGAAUCGAGAAGCCUGGCGGUGAGCGUGGCGGCCGUGGUGGAGGCAGAGGAGGUCGUCGCGGAAGAGGCGGCGGCGGCGGCGGUAGCAGAGGCCAGUGA